AUCACAAAAAGCAUGAUAUGUCCCCCAUCAGGACUCAUAUUGCUCACAUAUACGAUUUUCAGCAGUUUUAUAUUUUAUGUUAUCUAUAUGUUUCCUUCAGAAGCUGUUGCCAUGUCUGAAAAUAUGGUUGUGACCCAACCCCGGCCUUUCAUCAUGAAUACUGUAUCCAACCAAUGGACCUCUGGCAUCUGUGACUGCUUUGAUGACCUGCCCCAGUGUUGCUUUGCCUUUUGGUGCCUUCCAUGCUUCACCUGUAAGACAUCGCGUGAGGCCGGGGAGUGUCUAUGUUUACCUCUGCUGGACGCUUUUGGAGUCAUCCCACCAAUGACCACAGCCCUCAGGGUGUCAGUACGCCAGCGAUAUGGCAUUGAGGGUACAGUUUGUAAUGACUGCGUGUAUGCUUGCUUCUGCGGGCCCUGCACCUGGUGUCAAAUAGCAAGAGAAAUCAAAACAAGAAUGAAUCCCAUUACCUUCGUUAACAUGGCUGCCUGAUAAGAACAAAGGCUGAAUUCAUCAGUGCAUCAUUAUUACUGAAACAAACGUCAUCACCACCAUGGACUUCUUUUCCUCGCCAGGACCAGUGCUUUCAUGCUACUCGGAAAUGAGAGAGAUACUGAUUUCUGCCUCUGAGGAAUGUCACUGAACAGCUGAUUACAGAUCAACACAUGAGGGUUACAUAGAGAAUGUAUCAUCAAAUAAAGCAAGAGAUACUGUGAGCAGAC